AUGCCGAUGUUGAAUGGGAUAUGUCUUAUUACUGGGGCAGGUAAUAAUAUUCCUUUCAAUAUUGUCCUUAUAUACACUUACUUUGGUGCAGGCUCUGGGAUCGGGCAAGCGACAGCAGUUGCUUUUGUUCAAGAAGGAUGCCAAAGAUUAACAAUUGCCGAUAUGAGUGCAUCCGGGCUCGAGAAAACGACUCAACUGAUAAAAUCGCAUGAUGAAAAGGCUCAAGUCCUCGAAUUGCUGGUGGAUGUAUCUAAUCAAGAUGCGGUGAAUAAAAUGGUCAAAAAGACGGUAGAAACAUUCGGUCGACUCGAUUAUGAAUCUGACUCUCCAUACCCUCCAGCCGUCAAUGUUGCUGGUGUAACAUGCCGUGACAGAUCGUUGGCGGCAGACUACGACAUUGCUGAGUUCGACAGAAUACAUUCAGUCAACGCUCGUGGUCUCUUGUUUUGUACGCAGGCUGAGGCUCAAGCCAUGCGAAGCCAGGAUCCGAGGGUUACAUGCGAGAGAUCUGAUCUCAGAAGAGGGCAACGAGGAAGUAUAGUAAAUAUAGCAUCCACCUGUGGCAUUACCGCAAUCCCAAACAUCAUGCCCUACGUGGUAUCGAAACACGCAGUUGUGGGAAUCACUCGGUCUUUCUCAGUUGAUCAUGGAAACGAUAGGAUUAGAAUAAAUGCUGUGUGUCCUGGGUUGGUGGACACGCCUAUGCUUGUGCAGAGGAAGGAGAUGGAGAGUAAAUUUGGUACUGGGGAAGAUCAGCGAAGCACGGUUGGUGAACCGCCUUUGGGAAGGAACGCAUACUCAGAAGAGAUAGCAGAUACUUGUGUAUUCUUGAGUAGUUCUAAGGCGAGCUACAUCCAUGGCAGUAUGAUCAUGGUCGAUGGCGGUAAAACUGCGCAGUAUUAA